AUGGAGCAUAUAUAUUUACCAGAACCAACAGAGAAUAUAUGGAAAAAAUGGGCUGAAGAAUUUGAAAAUAGAUGGGGAUUUCCCAAUUGCAUUGGCAGCGUGGACGGUAAACAUGUAACAAUCAAGAGACCUAACAACGGUGGCUCCAAUUACUGGUGCUAUUUACAUAAAUAUUCAAUAGUACUUAUGGCCAUUGUUGGCCCGGACUAUAAAUUUAUAUGUGUUGAUAUUGGUGGUUUCGGAAAAAAUAGUGAUGGGGGUAUUUUCGAAACCUCAAACAUGGGAAAUCGAUUUGAAGAAAAUUUAAUGAGUGUCCCUGCACCUAGAUUUCUCCCUGGGCAAAAUGAAAUCUGCUCGUACGUCUUAAUUGGUGAUGAAGCAUUUGCUUUAAAACCAUACCUUAUGAGACCAUUUCCUUAUAAGCAGACUUUAACAGACGUCAGAAAAGAGAAAUACAAUACCUCAGUUGACUUAUUUCACCACAGAGACAAGCUUAGUGACCCCCCACUAUGCGCUUUGCUCCCGGAAAAAUGUAUGUCGGAAGUAUCAACCACGAAAGGCGACUUAAAAACGUCUAUAUUCUCAUUCGUGGAGAAAAAAUAA